AUGGGGGGAGGGCCACACGACAUCACUGUAGAGUCGGUUGACGAUCGUGGGGUGGGGUUUCCCCCCACUUGCAGUUGUGCGCUGCCGCCAGGUGGGGACACGAACGAGAGUAGCAAAAAUGCUAGUGAUGAUGGAAGCAGUAAUGGGAGCAUGGCGGGGAGCAGCUUCUCCAGCGAACAAAUGAAUGAGGCUUCUACGUGGGAGGAGGACAGCACAACAAACUCAGAUAGGGAAAGCAAAUGGAGUGGCAAAGGUCCGGAAUAUCAUCGUCCUCCCAUUUGCUCGCGAGAUAACUCCAUUGCUGCUUUAAAAAGGUUAAUAAAUAAUUCUUUACAAAAGUUGACGCGCAUGAAUGGCCCGGGCUGGCACCAUGGACUCCAUGCGAACGGUGUUACUAUGCAAGGGAAGCAACCAAAGGGGGUCCUUCCAAUGGCACACACAAAUAUAAAUGGGGAGAGAAAAAAAGGCAUCAACGAGAAGAAAAACACGCAGAAGAAAUACUAUACGCAAAAAAAAACAAACAGAGGGAAAAAUAAAAAAGAAGCUAAUUAUCCAGCAUUGGAUGUACAGUCAAUUAUUCGAAAUAUGGAAAAGGCAAUAAAAAACGGAGAAUUGAUACAAAGCAUCAACAGGUCCCUUUUUCGACAGAGCAGUGAGGAACGGAUGGCACACAACAGGCAUACACAGGUGCACACGCCGACGCGGCGAUACCAAGCGGUUAACAAACUGAAGGAGCGUCCCAACCGCAACGGAGUCAACUCGACGGGAGGAAAAGCGGAAUGCCGUCCGAGAGCACAACAGAAUCGUCAAAGCAGCCAUCCCACUAAUUACAAGAGGCACCUCGUGACGGAGGGAAAAAGCUGUCCAUUGGGGGAGGUACAAUGUGGGGAGCCACCAAUGCAAAAUAAUUUUCCGCACACACGUGGACAGUUAAGCAAGAUGAAUUGGACACCUGGACACAACCGCGUGCAACGGUGUGGUGAACGAGGUGAACUUUUUGAACCCUCCAUGACGGCACCCCGGCACCUACUCCUCAUCAGUGCAGAAGCGGCACACGAAUGGGACGACUACCACCGCGUGGUAAGUUACGCCACUCCUCCGUUGCAUCCUCCGCACGAUGGUUGUACCGUGUCGCGAAGAAGGGAAGAGGUGUAUACAAAGGGGUUCCCAUGGUGUGGCGGGAGAAACUACAAUCACAUGGCACAAAAGGGGGUGGACGAAACGGACAAAAUAAGCACACACUUGGAAGGUAUGGAAUUUCGCAUCAGAGCUCCCAUCAACAUCGCAUGCCCCCACUCGUACGUCAUGCGAGAAGAAGAAAAAUUUCUGUUUCGAUCAGUAGAUCGGGGCUUCUCUCAAGUGUCAGAUCACAACUGGAGAGGAGUCACAAGAAAAGGCAUACACACAUGGGGAACAAAUUUUGGCAAAAAUUUUGCACCGAAUGGACUACCCAAUGGAUUACACCAAGCACAAUUCUCAUCACAACAUGGGUGCCUUUUAAAAAAAUGUUUAAGUGGAGAAGGGACAGCAGCAGCAGCAGCACCACCACCACCACAUGAUGCCCACACAGAUGUGCAGAGUAAAGAAAGGACAAGUAUUCAUUCGAAAAUGAAAAGAAAUUCAAAUGAGGAAAAUAAAACCAUGAAUGAGUUAAUUACGAUUCAUAAGUUGGUGAAGGAUAUGCAAAACGUGCAACUCGUUAUUAAAGAAUUAACAGAUACUACAUUGCUCAGUAGUGGUCACACAGGGGUGAGCAACCACAGGGAUCCAAACACAACUGAACAUGAACAGGCGCACUCCGACGGGGGAAAUAUCAUUUCACUUUUUUCUCCACCUGCCCAUGGGGGGCCAAGCAAAAAGAGCUCAACGUAUGAUGGGAAUGACUCAAACAACCAUUUGUCCUCUGGCGACGUGCAGAAGUACGAAGAAAAAAUUGCAAACCUUGUGCAGGAACUGAUGAACACUAAACUCCUCUUAGCACAGAGUGAAACAAAAAGGGAGGAGGAUAUUAAUGAGAUGAAUCGGAGGUGCGGAAGUUAA